AUGCCAACUUCUUUACAUCCGCAAGCAAAAUUCGACCCCAUUCCUCCAGAUCUUGACCUACAUGGUCUGGCAGACAGGACGCCAAACUUUAAAUGGGUCCAAAGGGUUUCGAGGUCUCAAAUACUCAAUCUUGGCCAACAAGGGUUUGAGAAGCUCAUCCAAAUCCAUGUUAUCACUGGGGGCAAACCGCUCGUCAUCGAUGGCUGGGAUGCAUUGUUAUCAAAGGACCUCUUCAGCGUCAAAUGGCUAGAGAAAGCUUAUGACAAAAAACAGGAAAAUGUGCGCGAUAUUACAGCCGGUGCCGAUAUUCCUAUGACGACGGGACAUUAUCUCAGGUCGAUGAAGCAAUUGACGAACCAAUGGACUCCACAAAACUUCCGAGAUGAGCGCCGGCAGAGACUUUACUUGAAGGAUAUUGAUUGCCCGGAUGAGUGGCGAGAUGCACUACAACGAGUAUUGCAUCCGAGUUUAUUUUAUCUCAAUGAAAAUGUUGCAGCGCCUCUUUCACCAGAUACUGCAGAAAUGGAUUCUGCAGGCACGAGACGGGACAGGGAGCUGUAUCCAGGCGGACGACCUGCUGCUCCCGCAGGUGACCUUAUGUCAAGCUUACCAGAGGAGAUGCGAGCUGAAAAUUUGAUGUGCUAUAUUGGCCACGAAGGCACGUACACACCAGCUCAUCGGGAAAUGUGUGCCUCUGUUGGGCAUAAUAUCAUGGUAGAAGCUUCGGACGACAGUUUUGGCGAGAAGUCCGGAAGUUCGAUCUGGUUCAUGACUGAGAGUAAAGAUCGCGACGUGGUUCGCGAAUACUUUUUGUCGAUGCUCGGCCAUGAUAUCGAAAUCGAAAAGCAUUUUGCACAAAUCAAUGCUUGGAAAAAGGCCCCCUUUGACGUUUACCUUGUGGAACAGCGCGCUGGUGAUUUCAUAAUAAUCCCACCACUUGCGGCGCAUCAGGUGUGGAAUAGAGGCACAAGGACAAUGAAAGUAGCCUGGAACCGAAUCACUCCUGAGACUCUUCGCUUGGCAUUACGCGAAGCUCUUCCAAAAGCUAGACUAGUGUGUCGCGAUGAGCAGUACAAGAACAAGGCGAUUAUCUACUUCACACUCCAGAAAUACUAUCACCUACUGAAGGACAUCGAAAGACAAGAAGACAUGAAUCAGACCAGUUUUAUGGGAAUCGGGAGGGACAUUGUCCGAAAUUCUCCGCGGGCAAGACAGCUUGCUGGGGAUUUCAAAUCCUUGUUCAAUCUUUUCACAGAAAUCCUUGUGGAGGAAGCCUUUGCGUAUAAAGAGAAGCAAGUGGAAUCUUUAGCCUUUGACUCAUGCGUUACUUGCUCCUACUGCCGCUCCAACAUAUUCAACCGCUUUCUCACUUGCAAACACUGCACAAGAAUUCUUGCCAGCGGCGAUGAGGAUGCAUAUGAUGUGUGCAUGGAAUGUUACGCUAUGGGGCGUUCUUGUGCGUGCGUAUCCGGCCUCCAAUGGUGUGAGCAGUGGUCUUGGGCUCAACUUAGCGAGAAGUACGAACUGUGGCGUGAGAUGAUCAUCAUCAAUGAUGGCUUUGUCGAUUUACAACGCUCACCUCCGCCGUUCGAGGCUGCUCGACAAAAGUCGGCAAGAAAGUCAGUCGCACAGAUAUGCCAGGAGGCUCUCAUCAGGCGACCAUGGAAAGAUAUCACAAAACAGGACUAUGGUAAAGCUCCAAGUGAUUCAGACCCGGGGGAUAUCGAGGAUGGUCCUAAAAAGAAACCUAAGAGAAAAAAGAAACAGGGGCAAGUCCGCCGUUGCCACGUAUGCUGUCACAAAGACUACAGCUAUCGAGUUCACGAAUGUUCCAAUCCCGAAUGCGCGGAGGCAUAUUGUUAUGGCGUUCUCUAUAGGGCUUUUGACAUGAUGCCCCAGUCGGUCUUACAAGACGAAAAUUGGCAGUGCCCUAAAUGUCUUGGCAUUUGUAAUUGCGGCUAUUGCCGCCGGGCAGGAAACACGAACCCCUAUACUCCCAAGAAUACCUCUCUUGGACAUGAUACUCGCCCUGUUGCCGAUGACCGGAGCGUUGAGGCUCUAGUCGACUUCCGCGUGCAUAAUUUGUCCUGGCUUAAAGCUGCAGGAGAAGAAAGCCGCAGCAAGAACAGUCGGCGAAUGCAGAAGUUACGCCAACAAGCAGAUCACGCAAAGGCAAGAAGCACGCUGAGCAGAUCCGAGGACGAAGCUGCUCUUCUAGGACGCGGGGAGUGCUAUCAAAGCAGCGUAGCCGCUGACACAGAGCAUCAGGAACUCGAAGCGCAAGACAUUCACGACUACUCCGCCCUCCCAACGAAAUAUGAAGGAGAUGCGCACGCCUCAACCGGGGUAGAGCAGCAGGCAGACUUGGCAGUGGUUGCGUCAACUACACAAGAUGGAAGGUCUAACUACCCCGAUCCGUCCAUGGCGUCAAGCUAUGGUAUAGGAAUGGGAUACUAUGAACAGGAUGACACGCCCGAUAAAAUCCUCUUUGAUCCAUACAAAGCACCUCCCAUUGGAACCAUACACAUGGCUGACCUCGACGUACCUGAUUCUGUCAAGAAGACUAUUCGAGCAGCCAAACGGAAAGCAAGGCGAGAAAAUGAAGACCCGGACUUUGUUAUUGGAAAAUCAAAUUACAAAAAGGUUCGGCGUGCGAGUGGUUCAGACAUGUUGGACAAUAUGGACCCAGCCCUCUUCGAUGUGGCCUCGUCUACGUCGUCAACUUUACCCCAGAAGAGGCAAGGAUCCAAAACUUUUCAAUAUGAUUCCUUGGAUGCAGUCAAUAAAUUCCCAGGAGCAGCGGUGACGGAGAAUUCCCAAGAGCCCAUGUUCAACGAACCUGCCUUACGUCAUGCAAGGCCUUUGGCGUCAUAUGUGGAAGUCGAUGAUGCUGAUAUGGAAGUAGACAUCAGUGGUAUGAAUAAUGAAGAGCCAAAGGAUGCAAUCAGCACAGAUGAUCGAAUUGCAGAUCCUUCUGAAGAGCAUCAAAUCUCGGAAGACCAAAGUGACAACGGCGGCAACGCUCAGUCCAAUGGCCUCGGCCACGAAUUAUCGGCCACGUCGAAGAAGCUGAAGCCAACCUAUAGUGGCAAACGACGCGGCCGCCCCCGAAAGCCACUCUCACAACCUAGUUCAAGGAUCCAGCAAGCAAGGCCGACAACCGAACCGGCACCUCCAAUACACACCCCUGCUUCACAGCGCGGGCGUGGUCGCGGUCGCGGUCGCCCAAGAAAGUCACUAGUGGUUUCACUCAGACAGCCUGAUCUACCCGUCGACGCGGAAAUGGCCACAUUGCAGGAAUGGGAUAGAUCUCCAAAGCAGCCUUCCGGCAUCUUGAACAGAAUUCGCCAUGGUAACAGGCAGUCAGGAACUGGUCCACCCACCACGUCAACCGCACAACAGUAUGAUGGCAGAUCACCGGCACGGGGAAUUACGAAGAACAUGGUAUCCCAAGAACUAAGAACCCAAGACUUAGGCAGUGAUAAACGCGCCAAGAUACGGUCCUCCGCUAAAGAUCACAAUCUACAGUCAGACACGAACGUGGUCCUUCACCCAAGGAACUCGACGUCUGUGAACCAGCCAUUCAUGUCAAUGGCAGAAAGACUAGCCCUCAAAGGGAAGAGGUUCAAAAUUGGGAAGCGAAGAACGGCUACUAGUACGUCAAGGAAGGACGGAGACGCCGAAUUUGAUCCUCGUGAAACACCGAUCCCUGCAGUUUGGAGCCAGAGCCAGUCCAAGUCACCGAGCGUUUGUCACGAAGCAAGCAAUCGCAGUGAUACGCCGCAGGAUUUGCAAAGCUCAUCUUCGAGCCCAUCAAGCCAAAUGGCCAACCAGCAUAAGUUGAUUUCCAAGCCGUCUGCCACGGGCCAGAAAACGAUUGUUCGCCUAACGGAUGUGGUAUCCAGCGGCGACGAGGACGCGGGCUCCAAUAAUCUUGACCCAAUGGUAUCAUCCAGUGACGAGAGUGGUGAUGGUGACAUCCCCGCAGACAGAGCGGCCAUGAGGCAAAAUGCUUCAUCCCGAAUCAGUUCCCUUGCCCUAAAUCAUGGAAGGGGAAGGGGAAGGGGGAGAGGACGCCCCAGAGGACGCCCCAGAGGACGUCUGAGCGGUCCCGGCCGCAAUCACCGCCAAGCCACUUGA